AUGGGGCCACUUGCUGCAACGCGACGGGGCCUGACGCGCGCCCGUUCCGUUUGCGGCCGACCGGUCGCGCGCGGACUGCGCGGCGGUCGGACGACGUCGUCGCUCGCGCCACUGACGCAGCUGUCGGAGGAGGAGACGAUGUUCCAAGAGACCGUCGCGAAGUUUGCCGCUGACGUUGUCGCGCCGCAUGUCCGUGCGAUGGACAUGGCGGGCGAAAUGGACCACUCGAUCACGCGCGGUCUGUUUGCGAACGGACUGCUGGCGGUCGAGAUCCCCGCAGAGUGGGGAGGCAGCGAGGCGUCGUUCAUGAGCCUGUGCUUGACGAUUGAAGAGCUGUCGAAGGUCGACCCUGUGGUGGGGCUGCUCGUGGACCUGCAGAACACUGUCGUGAACAAUGUGUUUCUGAUGCACGGCACAGAGGCGCAAAAGGAAAAGUACCUGCCGCGAUUGAGUACCGACAUGAUUGGGAGUUUCUGUCUGACAGAGGCGGGGUCUGGAAGCGACGCGUUUGCGCUCAAGACAAAGGCGCAAGCGUCGGCUGACAAGAGCUACUACACGAUCACGGGACAAAAGAUGUGGAUCUCGAACGCAGAGUACGCCGGCGUGUACUUGGUGUUUGCGAACGUGAACCUGUCGGAAGGCUACAAGGGCAUCACGUGCUUCAUUGUCGACCGAGGCAUGGAAGGACUUGAGAUUGGCAAGCCCGAGGAAAAGCUGGGCAUCCGCGCGUCGUCGACGUGUCCGGUCACGCUCACAGACGUGAAAGUGCCAGCGGAAAACAUCUUGGGGGAGCUCGGCAAGGGCUAUAAGAUUGCAAUCAGCACGUUGAACGAAGGCCGCAUUGGCAUUGCGUCCCAGAUGCUGGGCCUGGCACAAGGAGUGUACGACCAGACGCUUCCGUAUUUGUUCGAGCGGCACCAGUUCGGAACGGCAAUCGGAGAGUUCCAGGCGAUGCAGCACCAGUACGCGGAAGCUGCACUGGACAUUGAGACGACGCGGUUGCUCGUGUACAACGCUGCCCGUCUGAAGGACGCUGGUCUUCCGUUUGUCAAACAGGCUGCAAUGGCGAAGCUUCAUGCGUCACGCGUCGCUGAGAAGACGGCGUCGAAAUGCAUUGAGAUGCUUGGUGGCAUUGGUUUCUCCAAGCACUUGCUCGCGGAGAAGUUUUACCGCGAUGCGAAGAUUGGAUCCAUCUACGAGGGCACGAGCAACAUGCAGCUCACUACGAUUGCAAAGCUUGUCGCAGAAGAGUAUCGGAAAUGA